CCCGAGGCGCCCGGAGCUGCGCGGGCCCCGGAGGCGGCGGCGGGAGCGGCCCCGCACCUCGACCUGAGCGAGCUCCGCUCCCUCGCCUGCGACGCGCUCCUGCAGGAGAGCUUCUACCAGGCCAAGAAGCGGCCUUUCCUCUACCGCCAGCAGGAGCACACGCCCGGCCCCUUCCUCACGCAGCUCGUGUCAACCCUCACCGCUUCGCUGUGCGGUCGCAACCCGCUGCUGGCCGCCUCCUCCCUUGAUCUAAAGCCUGAAGUUAACUAUUACUGGCAUCAUGGUGAGGAAGUUGUUGUUCAUGGACAUCGGAAGGGUAGAGUUGACCCUGUGCGCUUUCAGAUAGAUGAUAAGCCCCACCUGCAGAUCCGGGUACCAAAGCAACUGCCAGAGAUUGUAGCACUGGAGUCAGAUGUUGGAGAUGUUCCUGUUAUUGAUCACAAGCCAUCCAAACUGCCAUUGUUCAAAAAGCAGUACGAAAACAAGGUGUUUAUAGGAUCAAAGGUAGCAGAUCCGUGCUGUUAUGGACACACCCAGUUUCAUCUUAUUCCUGAUAAACUAAAACGGCAGAGGUUUGUUAGAGCAAAUCUGGAGGAUCAGAUUGAAGUUCUUUAUCGAGCUAAUGGUAUUGCAAGUCUCUUUGCUUGGACAGCAGCACAAGCAAUGUAUCAAGGAUUCUGGAAUGAAGCAGAUGUGACCCGUCCUUUUGUAUCACAGGCAGUAGUGACUGAUGGAAAAUACUUCGCUUUCUUUUGUUACCAGCUAAAUACUUUAGCACUAACUGUAGAAACUAUUAAAAAUAACCCCCGGAAGAAUAUCUGUUGGGGUACAGACAGUAAGCCAUUGUAUGAUGUUGUGGAAGAUGGUACUGUGAAAGGCUUUAAUGAUGAAGUUCUGCUUCUGUUGGUUCGUUUUCUGUUGAACAGACCAAAAGAGCUGUAAAUCAUUAAACAAUAAAGUAUUAAACAAUAAAGUAUGUGCCUGAACUUUGUAACUCAAUAAAGCAUGGGCUAGAAUAUCCCUUGUUUUAGUCAAGUGUUUGUCUAGGGAACAGUAUAU